UGAGUGGUACACAGGUGCAGCACAGACUGGGAAAGGUAUCGGAUGUCCAGCGAACGUGUGCCCUGUGGCUUGUGUGGAGAGAUGGAGACGGUUGGGGGGCCACAGUGGUGUGGAAACGAGAUUUUAAACUGUCAGAGAGAGAGAGAUUAGAGGCAGAAACUGCAUCCCAUUGAGUAGCCUGGUGUAAGACUGUACAGUAGAUGUUUCGCCCUUGUCAGAACCAGCAGCCGGCACAAGAUUAAAGAGGUAGACCCAGGACAGUACUUGUUGACUUGUGGUGAGAAGUGGGAGAUUAGUUAACAAAACUACGAGAGAGAGAGAAAAACAACAACAAACAAAGCAACAAAUUGAUGUCACGUGAUCACACUUCCUAUCACCAGACAUCUAUAACAGUGGAUGCUUGUCGCACACCGUACAUCAGACACAAGAGACCCACUACCGACAGCGGCUGAAAGGAAGUUUUUAAAAAAGAUCUUCCAGCAGCAAACUGUAAAUAAACGGAAUUUAAAAGUAAGCUCGACACUGUAUUAUUUCAAUCUCUACCGGAGAGCGAUCGGAAGUAUAUCUUCAGGUGGAAUGACAAGCCAGGAGCAUGACAGUACUUUCAAAAUGUCGGAAAACGAUGAAGGCUUGCAGCCUGACCCAAAUUUCUGUCUGGUAGAAGGUCUUCCUCUGCCUAUUUUCCGACCUACCACGGAAGAGUGGCAGAAACACAUCACUGACCUGCGCAACAUGGAGCUUCGACACGAUGACAUCCUGCUGUGUACCUAUCCUAAAUCAGGAACUCACUGGCUGUGGGAGGUGACCUCCAUGUUGGUCCAAGGCAAGGCCGAGUACGAGACUCGUCGCCAGGAACAGCUGAUGGUCGACUUUGUCGACGUCGACCUGAUAGAGGCCAUGGCGUCUCCGCGCAUCCUCAAUACGCAUCUUCCGUUUUCAAUGUUGCCAUGGCAACAAAUCAGGGACAAGAGUAUCAAGGUCUUUCACGUUUAUCGCAAUCCCAAGGACACUGCUGUGUCCUUCUACUUCAUGAUGAAGGAGUUUAUCAAAGCCCGCAGAAAUGUACUCUUGGAGUUUCCAGACUUUUUUGAACGAUACUUAAACGGCAAAAUCAACUAUGGCUCUCAGUUCAGCUACUUGCGGCAGUUUCACGAUUUUACCCAAGAAAACCCGAACAUUCCUGCAUUAUCCAUCUCCUAUGAAGACAUGAAACGGAGUCCCUCAGAUAAAAUAAAGCAGAUUGCUGAGUUUUUGGAAGUUCCAGCAUCACAGCAACUGUGUGAAGAAAUCGCAGAGGCCUGCAGCUUCCAGAAUAUGAAGAAACAGGAUGUGAACAAAGCCGUUAUAGAAUUUACCAAACAGAAAAAUAUUCCACAUCCAAAGCUGAAUAUGUACAGAAAAGGAGAGGUGGGCGACUGGAAGAACUAUCUUACUGUGGCCAUGAGCGAGCAGAUGGAUGCGGUUGUGGAGAAAGAGUUGAAAGACCUGCCUUAUGUCAUACAGUACCUGUGAAAGGCACACCUGUCUCAACACUUACUGCUGACAUUUUGUCAGACUAUGAAAAAAUUGGCCGAACAAAGAUUCGGCUCAGCUUGAUUACAUGCCCUAUACUCUUCGUAUAUUCUAUAUACUCUUCCAUAUAUUAGAACUUUUCGAUUUUAAUAAAUAUCGUCUUUAAUAAAAUGGACGAGUCAUAAUUGUCAAUAAAGUUCUUGUUUACAAACAGAAAGGUAACAAAA